AUGAGAACUAUUUUGAACGAGGAGCUGGAAGGCCUGAUCGCAGUGAACCGCCUCUGCCACAAGCUAUUAAGCCGCUACCUAACGUUGGACGAGUUUGAAGCGAUUCUUCGCGAAUCGGACCACGGGGUGCUCGCCCCCUACGGCCGCAUUACCCUCCACGUCUUUUGGGAACUCAACUACGAUUUCCUGCCAAACUACUGCUACAAUGCCGCUACUGAUAGGUUCGUCAAAUGCCGUGGUAUACAGUUCGCUCCGGCCGUACAAAGGGAGAAACCUCAACAGUACGGACACGCGAUGCUGUGGGGGUCGAAGCAGCUCAGCUUGGCUUAUUCAGCUCAAUAUGCACAAUACAAUGGUUUCGUCGGCGCUCAACAUUUGCACGCUCUGGUCCGUCUCCUUGGUUACCAGGGCGUGGCCGUCGUGGUCUCGGAGUUGUUGGGCGUGGCUCGAGGCCUACUGCAUGGCACUCUUGCGCAAUUCACGCGAGCGUUGGCUGCAGCUAUGCCUAGGCAUUGCAAACUGCCUAGGUACGACUAUGGAUCUAACGGUGUUCUAGGUUACUACCACGCCCAGCUAACAGACAUAGUCCAAUACCCGGACGCGCGGACGGAACUUUUCCACGCUUUUCGCGAAUUGGGGAACAUUAUACUCUUCUGUAUGCUCAUUGAACAGGCGCUAAGCCAAGAAGAAGUGACUGAUUUACUCCACGCUGCGCCAUUCCAGAAUAUCCUUCCCAGACCAUACACAGCAGAGGGCGAAAAACCGGAGACAAAACAGAAGCGUCUCGAAGCUAAAUACUCCGCGUUGCAGAUUGUGCAGAACGUUGAAAAGUACGGCACAGCCAAGCAAAGCCAACUCUCCCGCGAGGGCGACCUUCUUACUCGCGAACGCUUGUGUUGCGGCCUAUCGCUGUUCUCGGUUGUGCUGCGGCGUUUGCGGGCAAGUCUCACUGCUCCGCAGUGGCCCGCCCCGCCGUCGCCCCACCAUGCCCCAUUACACACUGACGACACUAGCGAGUUUCAUAGACUCUGGUCGGCUCUGCAGUUCCUAUAUUGUAUCCCGGUUGGCGAAACUCAGUUCACUGUUGAAGAGCUCUUCGGCGAAGGCCUCCACUGGGCCGGGUGCACUAUAAUAGCUCUGCUAGGGCAACAGAGGCGCUUCGAGGCUUUGGACUUCUGCUACCACAUCCUCAGAGUGCAGAGGGUAGACGGAAAAGACGAACUGGUCAAGGGAAUACCGUUAAAACGCAUGGUGGAUCGUAUCCGUCGUUUCCAAGUGCUGAACUCGCAGAUAUUCAGCGUCCUAGCUCGCCAUCUGGCGGCGGCAGAUGAAGACCGAGCUGGUGUGGAACAUGUGCGCUGCUUCCCACCACCAUCCACCUCACACCACACCAUUAACUGA